AGGCACACAGCCCCUCUGCGCAAAGCUCCACCUCUGCACCUGGUGCUCCUGGGUUGCUAAGGCAUAGAGGGCGUGGUAGGAGGGAGGUAGUUUUGUCACGCCCUCCCGCCCGCUGCUCUAAGCUGGCCUCAGUAAUUGGUCUCAUUAGUUGUCUGACCGGAGCCAUCCAGCUGUGCAGAUCCGCCAGCGCUGUCAUCCGCUUAGCGCCCUCGCACCACCCGCUCUCCCUCCCUCCUGCCACUGCCGCUGCCACCGUCACCUACAACGUAGCCUCUGCUCUCCUCAGGCGCCUAGGGCAUGCUCCGAGGACCAGCACCCAGCCUUGGCAGUGGCCAGGUUUUCAACCAGUCCGCGGAGACAUGAGGCUCGGCCCGCCGGCCGCCCUAGUCCUGGGGCUGCUGCGCUUUUACCUGGUCCAAGCCAACUUUGCCCCUCACUUUUUUGACAAUGGAGUGGGCAGCACUAACGGAAACAUGGCCCUGUUCAGCCUUCCAGAAGACACUCCUGUAGGUUCUCACGUGUACACUCUAAAUGGAACCGACCCAGAGGGAGACCCUAUCUCCUACCACAUCAGCUUCGACCCCAGCGCCAGAAGUGUCUUUUCUGUUGAUCCAAAUUUUGGAAACAUCACCCUGGUGGAAGAGCUGGACAGAGAGAGGGAAGAUGAGAUCGAAGCCAUCAUCAGCAUUUCUGAUGGCCUGAACCUGGUGGCAGAGAAAGUCGUGAUACUGGUGACAGAUGCCAAUGAUGAGGCACCUAGGUUCACCCAGGAGCCUUACAUCAUCCUGGUUCCAGAGAACACACCUGCUGGGAGCAGCAUCUUUAAGGUCCAUGCAGAGGAUAAAGACACAGGCUCUGGAGGCAGUGUCACCUACUUCCUACAGAACCUACACUCCUCCAAGUUCACCAUGGACCGCCACAGCGGUGUGCUGCGUCUCCAGACUGGGGCCACACUGGACUAUGAGAAGUCGAGGGCUCAUUUCGUCACUGUGGUUGCCAAGGAUGGUGGGGGCAGGCUUCGAGGGGCCGAUGUGAUGUUCUCAGCCACCACCACUGUCACCAUCAAUGUGGAAGAUAUUCAAGACACAGCCCCUAUUUUCGUGGGUACACCCUACUAUGGUUAUGUGUACGAGGACACUCUUCCGGGCUCAGAGGUGCUGACUGUGGUUGCCAUAGAUGGAGACCGAGGCCGACCCAACCACAUCCUCUACAGGCUCUUGAAUGAGAGUGAUGGAGUCUUUGAAAUUAAUGAGACAUCUGGAGCCAUCUCGGUCCUUCAGAGCCCUGCCCAGCUCCGGAGAGAGAUGUAUGAGCUUCAUGUGCAGGUAACAGAGGUCAACUCUCCCGGGAUCCUAGGUGCUCAGGCCACAGUCCCAGUCACCAUUAGGAUUGUGGAUCUCAACAACCACCCUCCAACCUUCUAUGGAGAGAGUGGACCUCAGAACAAGUUUGAACUAUCCAUAUAUGAACACCCACCCCAGGGGGAGAUCCUUCGUGGCCUCAAGAUCACUGUCAAUGACUCUGACCAGGGAGCCAAUGCCAAAUUCAACUUACGGCUGGUGGGACCUGGAGGCAUUUUCCGAGUGGUGCCACAGACAGUCCUGAAUGAAGCCCAAGUCACCAUCAUAGUGGAAAACUCAGCUGCCAUUGACUUUGAAAAGUCUAAGGUGUUAACCUUCAAGCUCCUGGCCAUUGAAGUGAAUACCCCGGAGAAGUUCAGUUCCACGGCAGACAUUGUGAUCCAGCUUCUGGACACCAAUGAUAACGUCCCCAAGUUCACCUCUCACUACUACAUUGCCAGGAUUCCAGAGAACGCUCCAGGGGGCUCCAACGUGGUGGCCGUCACAGCUGUUGAUCCAGAUACAGGACCAUGGGGCAAAGUCCAGUAUUCCAUCUAUGGGACCGGGUCAAACCUGUUCUUGAUUCACCCAUCCACUGGGCUUAUCUACACUCAGCCCUGGGCCAGCCUGGAUGCUGAGGGCACUUCAAGGUAUAAUUUUUAUGUGAAGGCAGAAGACAUGGAUGGGAGGUACAGCCUGGCUGAGGUGUUUGUCACCCUGUUGGAUGUCAAUGACCAUUACCCCCAGUUUGUACAGAGCAUCCAGGAGAAGACAAUGGUGCUGGGGACCCCAGUGAAAAUUGAGGCCACAGACCAGGAUGCGGAGGAGCCAAACAAUGUGGUAGACUAUUCCAUCACCCGUGCAGAGCCAGCCAAUGUGUUUGACAUUGAUGCACACACAGGGGAGAUCAGGCUCAAGAAUUCCAUCCGCUCCUUGGAGGCCCUACACAACAUCACCCCCAGUGGGGACUACUCAUGGUCCCUACAGGUGCAGGCCAAGGACCGAGGAUCCCCAUCUUUCAGCACCACAGCCUUACUCAAGAUCGACAUCACAGAUACAGAGACGCUGUCCCGGGGAUCCAUGGCUGCCUUCCUGAUACAGACCAAGGACAACCCCAUGAAGGCUGUGGGUGUCUUAGCUGGUGUCAUGGCCAUUGUUGUGGCCAUAACCGUCCUCAUCUCCACAGCCACCUUCUGGCGUAACAAGAAGUCCAACAAGGUCUUGCCUGUGCGGCGUGUGCUCCGGAGAAGGCCCAGCCCUACACCCCACACAGUUCGCAUAGAGUGGCUCAAAUUCAGGAGGGCCAAGGCUGCUACCAAAUUUAUACUCAAAGAGGAUCCUCCCAACGAGAACUGCAAUAACAGCAGUGCAGGAAUCACAGUGCCCCCCAGAGCUCCAGCUCUCCCUCCACCCCCCAAGAUAUCAUCCAGUACAGUGGCCCGACAGACAGUGCCUACUGUCUCUGGAUCCCUCACCCCACAGGCACCCCAACAAGUACCCACGCCCAAGCCCUUGGGAGUCCCCAUUCAGUCCUCCCUGGUCUCUGAGCUCAAGCAAAAGUUUGAGAAGAAAAGUCUAGAGAACAAGGCUUACUUCUAGAGUGUGCCCACGAUUCUUCUCCUCCCGCCCCUCAAUAGUGAACUCCAAAGUCACCCCUAUUUUGUAUAAUGUCAUAACCUCAUAUACAGGACUCUGCAAAGGGCUUUGGGCAAGAGAUGCCUCAGGCUGUGAGAUGCACAUGGCAAAUACAUACCCACAGCCCAAAUCCUUGGCACAACAACUACAACAGUCUCUAUUCUUCAGAGAACAGAAACCCACAAGGACUCAAGUCUGUGUAUUUCUACUCGGCCACCCUAGACCCCACAGUCAUCGGAGUCCUACUGGGACGUUGUCAUCCUCAGUGGAGAAGUAGGACCCUGACCACAGGUGACAAGACUGGCAAGAAUCUGGAUACCCAAGCUUCAGUUAACAACAGGUUAAUGGACGUUUGUCUUCAGCUAAAGUUGAAAAUCAGUGAACUUUGUAGGAUAUAGAAAAUACAGGCAAAAAAAAAAAAAAGGGGGG